GUCAGGGCGGGGCGUUGCGCAUGCACUGUGGCGUCGGACGCGUAAAUCUCUGUCCAUCGGCUUUCUGGUGGCGUAUUGCACGGCGAGGCUGUCAUUUUACACACUGGGGAUUUUUCUGUAUCCUCUUCUGUCUUCGGGUUUAUCGCAAACACCUUCAUCGGUUGCAUUCGGGUGGUUUCGUUCAGACGCGGCGGGUGUCAUUGAGUUGAGGGGCGUCGGUUCCUCAAAAGCGCAUCCAGAACAAUUACGCACGGAUCUCCACCCAUCAGCGACGAGAUGUCCGGAUACCAGGGCAAGAAAAACAUCCCUCGAAUCACUAGCGACCGUCUUCUCAUCAAAGGAGCGAAUAUAGUGAAUGAUGAUCAGUCGUUCCAUGCGGACAUCUACAUGGAGGAUGGCGUCAUCAAGCAAAUUGGUGAGAACCUCAUCGUUCCUGGUGGCGUGAAGACCAUCGAUGCCCACGGCAGGAUGCUGAUACCAGGUGGCAUUGACGUUCACACCCGCUUCCAGAUGCCCGACCGGGGCAUGACAGCGGCGGAUGAUUUCUACCAGGGCUCUCGAGCCGCUCUUGCUGGAGGCACCACCAUGAUCAUUGACCAUGUGGUCCCCGAGCCCGGCGUCAGUCUGAUCGCUGCUUUUAACCAGUGGAAGGAGUGGGCCGAUCAUAAAUCCUGCUGUGAUUAUUCUCUUCAUGUGGACAUCACGGAGUGGCACGGAGGAAUGCGGGAGGAGAUUGAAGCGCUGGUGAAAGACCACGGCGUCAAUUCUUUCUUGGUUUACUUGGCUUACAAGGAUGUUUUCCAGCUAAACGACUCUCAGAUGUACGAGGUGUUCAGUGCCAUCAGAGACUUGGGAGCCAUCGCCCAGGUGCACGCAGAGAAUGGUGACAUCAUCGCUGAAGAGCAGAAGAGGAUUCUGGGAUUGGGCAUCACUGGUCCAGAGGGACAUGUUCUGAGUCGCCCAGAGGAGGUGGAGGCUGAGGCGGUCAACCGGGCCGUAACUGUGGCCAAUCAGACCAACUGCCCUCUUUACGUCACCAAGGUGAUGAGCAAGAGUGCUGCUGAUGUCAUCGCCCAGACCAGGAAAAAAGGUACUGUGGUGUACGGGGAGCCCAUCUCAGCCAGCUUGGGUACGGACGGCACUCACUAUUGGAGCAAGAACUGGGCCAAGGCUGCGGCUUACGUCACCUCUCCUCCCCUCAGCCCUGACCCCACCACCCCGGACUAUCUCAACUCCCUGCUGGCCUGUGGUGACCUGCAGGUGACCGGCAGCGGCCACUGCACCUUCAACACCUCCCAGAGAGCCGUCGGCAAAGAUAAUUUUACUCUCAUUCCAGAAGGAACUAACGGCACCGAGGAGAGGAUGUCAAUCAUCUGGGACAAGUGUGUGGUGACUGGCAAGAUGGAUGAAAAUCAGUUUGUGGCUGUGACAAGCACCAACGCUGCCAAGAUCUUUAACCUGUACCCGCGCAAGGGCCGCAUCGCCGUGGGCUCUGACGCUGACCUGGUGCUGUGGGACCCAGACGCGUCCAAGAUCAUCUCUGCUAAGAACCACCACUCGGCGGUGGAGUAUAACAUCUUUGAGGGAAUUGAAGUACGUGGAGCUCCUCUGGUCGUCAUCAGCCAAGGGAAAAUUACACUGGAGGAAGGGACCCUUCAUACCACUGAGGGAUCUGGGCGAUACAUCACCCGUAAACCCUUCCCCGAUUACGUCUAUAAGAGGAUAAAGGCCCGUAGCUGGAUGGCUGAGCUGCGUGGAGUUCCACGUGGUCUGUAUGACGGCCCGGUCUGCGAGGUCACUGUAACACCCAAGGUCACAACCGCUGUCACUUCUGGUAAGACUUCUCCGGUCAAAUCUGCUCCUCAGCCGGUUCGCAACCUGCACCAGUCUGGUUUCAGUCUGUCUGGGGCUCAAAUUGACGACAACGUUCCUCGUCGUAACACUCAGCGCAUUGUGGCGCCCCCUGGUGGCAGGGCAAAUAUUACCACCCUGGGAUAAAGGCAGGCAUGGGGUUAAAGAAACAUGGGCUUUUUCUUGGACCAAUCCAACCAUCUGGUGUUUAAACAAGCACACCUUCCCUUUCCCCCUUACAUUUCAUGUUUCCCAAACUCCUGGUUCCUGUUAUUUAAAUGUGGCUUACUUGGUGUUUCAGGAUAACAUCUAGGUAAUCCGCUGGAAUAGUUGGCAUGACAGCAAACUUCAGUUUGGCUAAAGGUGGGAUAGCAUGCUAGUCUUGCAUUUGGUGCAUAGUAUGCGAAAAGAGUGUUGCGUCUUGUAUGCCAUAAUGAAAUACGCCUCCAUUUUGCAAAUGAUAGCUGAACCCAGAAUUAAUUUACUAGUUGCUUCAUUUAUGGAUCUUAUUUGUGCAUUUUGCAGAGAUUAUAUUCAAAGCCACAUUUGCUAAUGCAAAGUUUUACCAGUUCAACAGCACUUGUGAAAAGCAUGCUGAUAUAUUUUCCUUGAUUGGUGCUUUAUUUAUUUUUUUAACUUAAAUUU